AUGGAACAAUUGUUCACCAGCCAUUUCCUCAACAGUCAGAGGAUUGUCAAAACAACAGCUCACCUAAUGAGCAUGGUCCAGGGAGAGAGGGAGACAUUAAUGAAAUUUAUGCAUCGCUUCAACACCGCAACCCUGGAGGUCCGCAAUCUAGACAUGGGAGUGGCGUUGGCAGCCCUGACCACAGCUCUCCAACCUAGAAGUUUCCUAUACUCGCUAGGGAAAAACCCACCGAUUGAUAUGGGAGAGUUAAUGGCCCGAGCGCAAAAGUACAUCAACUUGGAAGAGAUGAUGGACACUAGGGGAAGCCGCAUUGAGUUGAAGAGGAAAGGGAAUAGCUUGGAGAUAGGCAAAUCUUCUAGGUCUGCAAAAAGGCAUGAGAACGCAACGCUGCUUGCUAGCCCUAGCACGAGACGGCAAUCCAGUAAGUUCUCCACCUAUACACCCCUGAAUAUACGGUGUUCUAAAUUACCAAUGCAGAUAAGAAAGAAAGAUUAUGUCUCAUGGACCGAACCCAUGCGAACUCCCCUGCAUAAAUGGAACAUGUCUAAAUUUUGCCAGUUCCACAAGGAUCACAGGCACGACACAAAGGAGUGCAUUCAGCUGAGAAACAAAAUUGAAGCCCUAAUAAAAAGGGGAUACCUAUCAAGGUUUAUCAAAAAAGAAGAUCCACCGAGGGAACCUCGCAAGCAAAAGAGACCCAACGACAAGGAAGAACAAGUCAUAGGGGAAAUUGCAGUGAUCUUCAGAGGAUCUGCUAGUGGAGGAGACAGCGGAGAAGAGGUACAGCAACCAUAUGAUGACGCAUUGGUACUCUCCUUGUUGGUGGCGAAUUACAAAGUCAGGCGCAUAUUAAUAGAUAAUGGGAGCUCGGCAAACAUCAUGUUCUGGUUUAUGCUAGAAGGGAUGAAAAUUGGAAAGGAAAGACUCAAGCCAAUCGCAACCCCCCUAGUUGGGUUUGGUGGAGAUGUGGUUCAUCCCGUAGGGACAAUCACGCUACCUGUAACCGUGGGGACGACCCCACAGCUAGUUACUUCAUUGACAGAGUUCUUAGUGGUGGAUCGACCCCUGGAGAGAUCCGUGCAGAUAGGGAGUCACCUGCUUGAAACCCUGAGAGCAGAGCUAAGCCAGCUGCUAAACGAAUUCUUGGACGUAUUCGCUUGGUGUGCUGAUGAUAUGUCGGGUAUUGAUCCUACCAUCAUAGAGCAUAGGUUGCAGGUGGACCCCAACCACCGACUUGUGAAGCAGAAGAAAAGGAGUUUCGCGAUGGUCCUAGUAACGAAGCCUAAUGGAAAAUGGCGCACCUGCAUAGAUUUCACAGAUCUGAAUAAGGCGUUCCCGAAGGACAGCUUCCCUCUCCCCUGA